AGAGAGUUUACGUGAUGACGAACGUCGCGGUGUUGCCAUAGCGACAGAAGCGUCCGCCGGAAGUGAGGAGGAACGGAACGCGAUGGCGGACGACGCGAUAAAAACGGAUGUGCAGCUGCCUGUGGCCACAGACCUGAAGAAACCUCGUCCAAAGAAAGCUCCUGAGCUUCCGAUCCUGGAGAGGAGAAACUGGCUUAUACAUCUGCAUUAUAUCCGCAAAGAUUAUGAGACCUGCAAGGCCAUUAUUAAAGAACAGCUGCAUGAAACUCAAGGCAUGUGUGAAUAUGCUGUGUAUGUGCAAGCUCUGAUCAUGCGGUUAGAGGGGAAGAUCCAGCAGUCUCUGGAGUUGUUCCAGGGUUGUGCCAUCCUCAACCCCAAAAGCUCAGACAACCUCAAGCAAGUGGCACGAUCCCUUUUCCUGUUAGGGAAGCACAAAGCAGCUAUCGAGGUUUAUAAUGAAGCAGCACGUCUCAAUCAGAAAGACUGGGAAAUCAGCCAUAAUCUGGGCGUUUGCUACAUCUACACCAAAGACUUCAGGAGUGCCGAAGAACAGUUAAACUUGGCAUUGCAGCUGAAUAAACACGAUCUGACCUACAUGAUGCUGGGAAAGAUCCACUUACUGCAGGGCGACACAGAGAAAGCCACUGACGUCUACAAGAGCGCCGUGGAAUUCUCUCCGGAGAACACGGAGCUGUUGACUACACUGGGACUGCUGUACAUGCAGCUUGGGAAAUACCAGAAAGCUUUUGAGCACCUCGGAAACGCUUUGACAUACGACCCCAAUAACUUCAAGGCCAUCCUCGCGGCCGGCAGUAUGAUGCAGACUCAUGGAGAUUAUGACGUGGCCAUGAAUAAGUACCGUGUGGCGGCGUACUCCGUCCCUGAGAGCCCACCGCUCUGGAAUAACAUUGGGAUGUGCUUCUUUGGCAAAAAGAAAUACGUGGCUGCCAUCAGCUGUCUGAAGAGGGCAAACUAUCUGUCUCCGUUUGAUUGGAAGAUCCUGUAUAAUCUGGGUUUGGUUCAUCUCACCAUGCAGCAGUACGCAUCAGCUUUCCACUUUCUGAGCGCCGCCAUCAACCUGCGGCCGCGCAUGAGCGAACUCUACAUGCUACUGGCCGUUGCUCUGACCAAUCUGGACGACGCAGAUAACGCCCGCAGGUCUUACGAGCAGGCGGUCCAGCUGGAUGAAUCGAACCUGCUGGUGAACCUGAACUUUGCGGUGUUCCUGUAUAAUCAGGGCGAUAAGAAGGCCGCCCUGCUGCAGUUUCAAGAGAUGGAGAUAAAAGUCAACUCUCAGGUUGACAGUAACAUUAACACUGAGUUUGACCCAGAGCUGGUUGAAAUGGCUCAGAAACUGGGCGCCGCUCUGCAGGCGGGUGAGAACCUGUACUGGAGCAAACCGGGCAAAGACAGCAAGACCAGCCAGCGGUCAUCCUCCAGCAAACCCAGCAGCUCCCAGCAGCCCCUGGGCACCAACCAGGCCCUCGGUCAGGCCAUGUCUUCAGCCGCAGGCUACAGCAAGAGCAUGCAGAUCACUGCAGAGCCCGAAGCGGACGUGAGCAGCGCCCCGUCUCCCCCUACAGUCGAUCCCGGAGAGCCUGAGCCUGAGCCCGAGGACGAGGACGAGGUAGAGGAGACAGCCGAACCGGACAAACUCAAAGAGAAGAAGAGUAAACCCAAAGCAGUGGCUGAAUAGAGCUCAAACUAGAUCCAAGGCUGAAGAGGUUUAUCAGAACUUAUCAGUACACAGCGUUUAUAUAUAGUGGAAUUAGAGUUACAAUGGCAGAUCUUUAGAUGUCUGUUUGAAUGGUGCAUUAUAUUAAUGUAGACAGUUCAUUUGUGUCUUUCCACCUUUAGAAAAAAUAGAACUGCAUAAGAAGUGUUGCAUAAAAAGCAUGUCCUUGUUUUGUCUUUUAACUGAAUGAAAUCCAAUACUAUUUUUUAUUUAAUUUUUGCUCAUUUUGAGAUGCUGGUUCCAGAAAUAGUGCCAAGCAUAUCACAUUUUCGCACAAAAAAAUAAGAGCAUUCUGGCUUUUGACAACUAUUUGUAAGGUGAAGAAUUAUUUUAUCAUAUCAUAACCGGCAGAAAAACUGCCUCAAAUACAUGAUUCCUGUCUUCAUCUGACACAGAUCACAACUGUUUGUUAAAUGUUCAGCACUUUCUUACGUGUAUGAAUGAUUGUGAAUUCAUUGUUUUAUGAUUCAUCCUGAUUUCAACUUUUACACUUCUUUGCAGUCUGUCGUUCAAAUAAUACAUUUAAAAAAGAAAAUAUAUAUUUUUUGGGGGGUUAUUAAAAACUUUUGGCUUGAUUUUUUUUAAGUAAAUUAAAUAAGUAAUUUAAAUAUUAAUUAAUAAAAAAUAAAAGUUUUAUAUAUAUAUAUAUAUAUAUUUUUUUUUUUUUUUAGCAUCAUUAAAUUGGGUAAUAUUUGGAUUUAUUUUUAAGAUUCGGGUCUGUGUAAUACAAAGAAACGGAGUCAUUUUAUAUCCAGUACAGAAGUGUUUUAUUUAUAUAAAAAUAUUCCAUACUCAAGUUAACAGAGCUAUUAUUUCUAGUCUCAACAUUUAUGAUUGAAGGACGUUUUGCCCAGUAACUCUUAAAGACUUUGUUGCAUAAUCACGUGUGCAAACUAGAACCCUAAAACAUUUGAUCUAGUCAAAAUAAGUUUCAUGAAUGUGAACUUUCUGUUAGUUUCUCACACCACGACUCAACGUUUGCAGCAUCUGAACAAGAAAACCUUUCAAGUCCCCUCUUUUGUUGGUUUGAGAAACUAACAGCAUCAAUAAUGUAGUGUUACAGAAAUACAGUACAAAACACGAUCCAUGAGGUUCAUGAUCCGAGGCAUUUCUCACAGCUAUUGCCUCAUUCAGGAAACACAAACACAAUUGUGUGAAAAGUGUUCAUAAAACCAUUCGUGGCUCAUUUCUAAAACUGCAUUAGUUAAAAAGCCUCAAAAUGGGUUUAAUGCUGGUUUAAGACAGAUGAAAAUUCACAGAGAUUAAUUAGUACAUCUCAAAUAAAACAAUAAAAAUCAUACGUCAGAAGUGUUUGGAUGGUACAUGGUAACUUCAUGACUCAUAAGAAUAAAUGACAGAUUCAUUAUGUGUAACCUUUAAAAACAGGAAGCAUCAUAAAUCACAACAGUCGUCAUUAAUGCCACCUACACUACAUACAGACCAAACCAGAACGAAUGGGAAAUAUUUACCAUUUCUCUUAUUAUAUACAAAUAAUGCUGGCUCCAAUUUACAAAAACCUACAGCUAGAUUCCCAUCUUGAAGAACAUUAAGAUUAAGACGAGAAUAAUGAAUGGUAUUUAAUCAUAUGUGCAGUAAAUGAUGGCCACAAUCCCGAGAGGUAAACUGAUGAUCUAAACUAUUAACUAAUAUUUAGGAAUUAUUUUGACUUUAGAUUGACCCUGGAAUCAUUUGUUUUUAAUUUCAUUAUGUUAAGAGAACUUAAGGAAGCAUGUUUCUGCCAGUGAAUAAAAAAUGAAAAGAGGUAAUUGCCAGUUUACAUCUCGGAAUUCUGACUUUUUUUUCACAAUUCCGUGUUUACAUCUCGGAAUUCUGACUUUUUUCAAAAUUCCGUGUUUACAUCUCGGAAUUCUGACUUUUUUCAAAAUUCCGUGUUUACAUCUCGGAAUUCUGACUUUUUUUCACAAUUCAGUGUUUACAUCUCGGAAUUUUGACUUUUUUCACAAUUCCAUGUUUACAUCUCGGAAUUCUGACUUUUUUCACGAUUCCGUGUUUACAUCUCGGAAUUCUGACUUUUUUUUUCACGAUUCCGUGUUUACAUCUCGGAAUUCUGACUUUUUUCGUAGUUGGCAGUUUAUAUCUUGCAAAUCCUGACUUUUUCCGCAAAACUGCGAUUUUAUAUCACAAAAUUCUGUCUUUAUCUCGCAGUUCAGAGAAAAAAAGUCGCAAUUACUUUUUUAGUUUUUAUUCAGUGGCAGUAAUAUGCUUCCAUAAGAACUUAAUGUUACUUAGCUUAAGGGAAAAAUAAUGCAUCACUGGAUAAACCUGGUAAACCUGAUGGGCUUCCGGUUCUGCUACUAAUUAACAUUCAUAACCCAAAUAAAGGAGUGUUUGGAAGUACAAUGGAGAUUUGGGACGUUUAAGACUCUAAAAUCAUUCUCUCGUUCGCUUUCAUUCGUCCCAAUAGCAGCUGCAGGUCUUGUACACCUGUUAACCAGAGUAUGAUCUCCUCUUAUUAUAGUUUUAAAAAAGUUCUUCCAGAAAUACAAAUUCUGUCAUCAUUUACUCACCGAAAACGGAGUUUGACUUCUGGACAAUUUCUAAUGUAAUAAAGAAGGUCGUUUAGGUUUAAAGGUGAGCAAAUUAUGACAGAAUGUUCAUCUUUGUUUAAAGAACCU